AAAUAAUGUUGAAAAGCAUGCGAAAUGUCGAGGGAGGGCAGAGAUGGCGGCCGCCCUUCGACUUUCGAUCCUCCGCUACAUCCGACUCCCCGUCCAGUCUCUGGAUCGAUUCCGGCUAGAGUCGCCGUCACGGAAUCCCUUCCUUAGUUGCAACCGAUUCCUCUCCUCCCAUGGGGAGGAGCAUCUCGACCGCGAGGAGGUCGUCGAGCGCGUCCUCGCCGUCGUCAAGAGUUUCCCCAAACUCGAUCCCUCUAAGGUAGGCACGGAUUCCCACUUUCAGAAGGAUCUGGGACUGGACAGCCUUGACAACGUCGAGAUAGUGAUGGCGCUCGAGGAGGAAUUCAAGCUCGAGAUUCCCGACAAUGAGGCCGACAAGAUUGACUCCUGCAGCGUUGCUAUUGAGUACAUCUUUCACCAUCCCAUGUCUGGCUAAUUGCUAGGUUUUUAGUUGGGAAGUAUGAAGAAGUACAACAUGCUUGUGUUAUUGCUGAAUCUAGUGUUUAGCUGCAACCGCACAAGGGUUGGUUUAUUUUAAGAAUGUGAAUCUCUUCUUGAUAUUCAACACAGGAGGAGAUAUUGAAUAAUGUCAUUUUGUCAAGAGUGCUCUCUUUGAGCUUAAGAAAAUACUUUUAAAGUUGUUGAUUUUGUUGAAACUUCUUUCUGAUUCCUCUCUUG